ACAUUUCUCUUAUCACACUCCUAGUUGCAAUAGCAGUUACGAAUCAUUUGAUUCAUUCCAAUUCAAAUGCAGUUCCAAACAAAAGAAGAAACCAUCGAGGUACCUGAAGCACGAAGAAGAAGCUACCUUAUCCAAAACAUAUUUACCAACAAGUCCUCCAAUCUCUGAUCAAAUUUCUGUUGUACCCUCACUCUCCAGCUUCCAAAGCUUCACUGAAAAUCUUGAAACAAAACCCAACACCCACCAUGGCAAUGAACUCCUUACUGCACCUCCCUAAACCCCAUUUCCCUCCAACCUUCCCUACACACCCAAAGGCCCAAACCCAACUCUCAAAGUCCACCAGUCAAUAUGGUAACCCGAAAACCAUGGUGGGUGGUCUACUCGGGGCGGGUCUGACCCUGUCCCUGACUGUUAUGGCACCCGCCUCGGCCGCUGAGCUACCGUUACUGGAUUCUCUGCAGCUCAGUGAACCUGCCAAUGCCCUCUCCCUGCCCACAUGGGCCAUACACGUGUCCAGCGUCGUUGAAUGGAUUACAGCAAUGGUGUUGGUGUGGCAGUAUGGUGAGAAGUCCGGGUUCGAAUCGUGGAAAGGGCUGGCUUGGGGUAUGGUUCCCCUUCUUGGUGGAGCAUUCUGUGCAUGCACUUGGCAUUUCUUUUAUAACUCAGAGUCUCUUGAGGUAUUGGUGGCUCUUCAAGCAGCCCUGACAGUUAUAGGCAAUGCCACAAUGUGUUUUGCGGCAUAUCGUAUUUACAGAUCAACUGAAGAACGCUCCAAGAAGCUUUGAAGUUUCUACAGAACAGACAAAUCUCUUCCUAUUUUGCUUCAGUUAGGUACCAAAGGAAAGAAAGCAAUUUCUUCGUCAGGGCGGUAAGGUUUACAUGUUGAGGAAGAACCGAAGAAGCGCAGAUUUACAAAAUGAACCAUAAUAGUCGGUUUGUGCGCAUGCAGCAUGAACCAGGAUUUUCCCAGUGCCAAAAACUGAAUUUAAUUUCGAUUUGAUCAUUUGCAUUUGAAGGCCUCUGUUCUAUGACAAAAUGUUGGAGAGUCUCACGGUCAGGUGUCACCGUGUUGUAGCCACAAUUCUUCAGAUGAGAAUGUUGUUUAUAGUCUAGCUAGGCUUUCUUCGUUGAGUGGUGCUGUAAUUGUUUGUUAUGCUCUUUUUUAAAUAUAAUUCAUGCAUGUAGUGUUGAAACUUGAAAUUGAGUACCGUUCUUCUCUCUCUUGUUCUGGAAAAACAAAGAAGUAUAAAGAGAUAUAGAACGUUUGCUACAAAAUAGUCCUUUUGUGUUUAUUGCCAAUCUUGAAAACUACGACGGCAUCAUCGAUUGACCUUGUGGUAUCAAUUAUUGAUCAAUAAUGCACGCAGUCGAUCAGUUC